CAAACAUGUUGUGGCAUCAAUUAAUUGCCUGCGCAGUGCUCGCCCUGGCGCUGACCCAGCUGCACUCUGCCAGCAGCCAAACAGCUACAUCCAAGUGUGCCAAGAACUUCACUGAGGUGGGCGACCAGUGCCUGUUGGCUGUCAACAGUUGGUUGAACUGGUACGAGGCAGACCGCUACUGUCACACCAAGGGCGCCGGACUGCUCAGCCUGAAGAAUGAUACGCAGCUGCAGUUGAUCAACAAGUGGCUUAAUACGUCUCUGGCAAACCAGCUGGAGCUGUGGACCUCGGGCAACAGUCUGGGCCAAAAGGGCAUCUACUUUUGGCAAAACACUGGCGAACAGUCCCGCUAUUUGCCCUGGGCCACGGGCCAGCCCCGACCAUCUGACGGCGACUGCCUGAUGCUAACUGGAACCUACAGCGGAUUGGGCGUUGGAAAUUAUCGCCUAGCGAUCAGAAACUGCUCCAACUGGGCUGUUUCUGUCUGCGAGCAGCAGUCACAAAAUCGGUCUACCCGCGUUUGCCUCAAGCCCGAGUCCUUUGAAAUGGCUCAGGUGGUGGUGUAAAUAAAAAAAUAAUUUGUUCAUUGAAGGUUAAAAAUGCAUUUUUCUAGAAUCUAACACAUGUAAGGGUAAUGUGAAAAGUUGGUAACUGAAGUAAAAACUAAAG